UACCCAGCAAUGAUAACUUCAAAGUCAAAACAUAAAAAUGUUUUAAUAUUUAAUUCAAACAAGUGUAAUUGCGAACGAUCAAAAUUUAUAAAAGGACAUUAAUUUUAUAUAUUGAGUAUUUAUAAUUAUUAUACAUGGUAACUAAAAAAUAUAACCUAAAACCUCGCAAAUUCUGCGACCUAUCCAUAAUGCAUCUAUUUUGUGCGUCGAAGGGUAGUUUGUCUGAUGAUAACGGAAAUACGUACAUCCCUGGAUUUAAAAUAAACUAUACGGACAGCAUCAGUACAGUAGAUUCGAAUAUGAACCAAGGGAAUCACAAUAAAUAUUCCUGGCUGAAGAAAUCAGAGAAAUCGACAAACAAAGGAAAGUUCAUUCCAACAUUUAGACCAAAAUCCUGCGAAGGUACCAUCGACAGUUGUACUCAAAAAUUUAGACAAACAAACGAACAAUCCGACGUAAAUCAAAAGGACCAAACAUACAAAUCAGGCGAAUCCAGGACAAAAGGAUAUUUAACAACUGAUUUAUUAAGUAAUCCAAAUGAAAGUUUGAAAAAAGGAAAGGCUGGAGGAAGUCAAAAUAUAGAUAUUACUGUUGAACUUCGACACCCACAAAAGAAUAUAAGCGAUGUAUAUUUAACAUGUACAGAAAUAUCCGAACGCUGUAGAAUCAGCAUUGAGGGUAAACGUAAUUUAGUAUGUGUUGAAGGGCACGCUGUACAUAAAUAAAAUAUGCACCUUUA